CACUAGAACCCAGACAAGGGCCUCGCAGAAACGCGUCGCAAGCCUCGAGGGCGGAAAUGAAAUUGGUGGGCGGGGCCUGAGAAACGGAAGUUCCAGCUCUGGGCGUGUGAGGUGUGUUCCUUGUCCACUUCACGGGUAGAACUCGUCCCCCCAAACCUCACUGAGUGCAAGCCAUCCCCCAACUCCGCUGAGUCGGCCUGCACCCCGCCACCCUACUAGGUCGACCCUGGCCCAAAUGAGUAUAUUCCUCUCCUGUUGGGGCUUGCGUCACGCCGGCCCCCAAAGCGCAGACCUGGGUAGCGGGUGGGAUCAGGGGGCUCAGCUUGGCCUGGCGGGGUGUGUGGGUGGAGGCAGUCUCAGGGGCUGGCCAGGCUGGGAGUUCACAGCUCCUGAGAGGCAAGGUCACGGAAGGCUGAACGAGCGGCUCUGCGGGGAGGACAGGGACAUACAAGGGCGGCAUCUGCUUCGAUUGGGGUGCUGAUGGGUGGUGGUGGCCGAAGCAGGGCAGUAAGGUCACCCAGAAGGCCCCCGUCGGUGGGCUAGUGGCUGAAAGAUAGCCUUAGCAGAAUGUGCAAUCUGAUUCAGGGGUCCUGGAAGCCGGAGUAGGGUCCUCCCUCUUCCUGCACCUUCCUCCUGAGUCCCAAAGGUGUGGACUGCCGCCUGCUGGAAAGAGAUGGACAGCAGGCAGCUGCGCCCCCAGAGGACACCGCAGUCGCAGCGAUCGCGAUCGCGUAGUCAGCCAUCGACCCCUAGUGUGCCUCCAGCAGCCUGGGGACGACCCGACACUGAGAGCAACCCUCAGGAGGAAAUGCAGACUCAAGACUGGGUGAGCGAGCCCCCAGAGCGCAGGCGUUCGGGCCGCCGCUGGAGCAUCAGCAUCGACGAGCGCAGGCGGCUGGCGGCGCUGCGCGGGCAGCCGAGGCGGGACUCCUCUGGGACCCCGUCCCCCAGGCCGGACAUCACGCAGAUGGUGGCAGAGCUGGUGUCUGAGGAUGUGGACAGGGACGUGCUCCUCCCCCGCCCGCUGAGGUCCGCUGCCUCCACCAACGCCUUCCAAGACUUCCUGGCUCGGAGCACGCCCUUCUGGCAGAGCUCUACUUUUGAGGCCCAGACCUCGAGGUCACCCCCUUCCUAAGACCUUCCUAAGAGCCCGGCUUAACCUAGCUAUCUGUCGUACAGUGCUUUCCUUGGGGACCUCCACAUACUCUUCAUGUCCCAUCAGGGGGUCAAUAACCCACUCUCUGGAGAUAAGCAGGACCGGGUGGAGAUUUCAGGACUCCUAAGGCACUGGUUGGGGUACGGAGUGCCCGGGGAGGGGGUAACCCAGUCCAGCCUGAGGCUGCCACUGGAGAGGGAGGGGCAGAGCCUUCCCCGAAAGCCCGCAUUCUGUGCCACCCAUGCCACGUGUUUUACUGGGGAGGUGGGAUUCUCACACAAACACUGGCUCAUAACCUAAUGAUUGGCUGGCCCCACCAGGGGCGAGGCUGGAGAACUGAGCCGCUUUCUACGAAGGUGGUGAGAGGCACCCAGGAGGACCUUCUGACAGCCAUUUGAGCCAAUAGAGGCUGCGUAGGGACAACUGGAGUGAGGCACUGGACAGAGGGAUGUGGUACUGGUUUCAUCCUGGAUACUGGACUUGGUGAAGGAGGGAGGGCUAGGAAGGUAGUGUGCAGAGGGGGUCAAGGGUGUGUGAGGAGCAUUGGCCUACAGCCAUGUCUACCUCUGUUUGAAAAUUGGGGGCCUGAAAAAGGGUUCUAAGCUGGUGUGACAACACAUGCUACAUUUGGGGGAGAUUAAUCUAGAAGGAUUAGAAUGGAAGACAGGAAAAGGAGGGUGGUGACCUCAGCCCUGACAGGGUAGCAGUGUGGGGGAGUGUCUUGGACUGUUAGGGUGGACCAGGCUUCUCUGUGGCUGUUGCUGGGUGGAGGAGUCUUUUUUUAAUUAUUUUUUUUUUAUUGACAACUUCCAUAACUGUAGACAAUAACCCCUGGUAAUUCCUUCCUUCCCCCUACUUUCUCCUUUGAAACUCCAUUCUUCAUCAUAUUCCCUCCCCCUCUUAAUCAGUCUUCUAUUUUGAUGUCAUGAUCUUUUCCUCCUUUCCUGAUAGAGGAGUCUUUUAAUCAAGAGGAAGUGAUAUAUCUGAGACCCUAGUGAGGGCAGGAAUCAGGCCUGUGCUACCAGAUGUGUCUGGCAGGAACCAGCCAGGUGGUAGUGCUGUCCCCCAUCUGGCUCCCUCCCUCCUUUCCCACCUAUCUUCCUCCUCCAAGACACCUGCUUAGAUCACCCAGCUGGACAACCCCUCUCAGUUCCCUCUAGUGUGUGCUGAAUGUCAUUUUUGUCCAGUCUAGGAGUCUUCACAUUUGUAAGGAUACUAAGAGUUGAGGGAGGGUAGGCCAUGGAGCCACAAGGACUGGAACAGGAGUUAGUCUUUAGGAGUGGGGUUUGGCUAAGGCCCUGAAGAACACCACUGUCCCUACCCUGACUCAGAGGCUCCGAAAAUGACCUAGAGGAUGAGUUUCUCUGGGUAGAGCCCCACACAGUGUGCGGAAAGGUGAAGUGCCAUGUACUCUGUGGUUCUCAGCUCUGCGUGGCUUUA